GCGAUCUCUGGGCCUGUUGAGUCUUCGGGCGACCGAGCUACGUUUAUUUCCGACAGCCAUGACGCUCCUUCUAUCCUAUUUUUCCUUUUUAUUCACCCCCGAUACUCCCUCGUGCUUUGUGGAUAGGCAUCGGCGUUAACGGUGCUAGUCUUCGUUUCAGUUUAAUAUGCUAGGCGCUUGGUUGGAUCAUAGUCAUUGGGACUUUGCGGCAUGGAGUCAUUUCUGUCUUGGUUCUCAAUUUUUUAUCCAUCUAUUUAUUUUUCUUUUUCUUUUUUUCUUAUUCCCGAGGGGUGUGCUUGUUUAUUUUAUUUUAUUUUUUUUUUUCGAAGGGGUUUUUUAUCUGCAUCAUUUAAGUAUCGGUUGGCUUGGCUUGGCCCUUUUCAUUGGCCUGGAUUUCUAUGUGCAUCUUGUUUCAAAGUGAAAAGUUGUUGGUCUCAGCACUACUUGCAUAUAAUUUGUGCCAAGGUUCUUGAUAUCCUCUCUCAUCUUGAGAUUUUCCUUUCUUAUUUUGUCUCUUCUGUUUCCCCCUUUCCCCUUUUGAUCCACCUCAGCUUAUGCAUCUAAUAGCGGUCCCUUGACUCCCGGGGUGGCUGGCUUGCAAUCUUUUCAACUUAUACCAUUCAGUUUCCAGCGCUAUAAUAUGUUUUAGUACUUGGUUCUUUCACUUUGCC